AAGUUUGUACAAUGUUCAGCUGUCAGUUAAACAUUCGACGUUAUUUUGUUUUAUUAAAAUAUAAUUACAUGCUUAGUUAAUAUAAACGCAAUAUGGUGAAUAUUAAUGAGACCGCUGUGAAAAAUAUUGGAAAGGUUUUAAACGACCCUUCAAGACCUAUGAAAGAAAGAUUUAGGGCUUUAUUUACUCUUCGAAACUUAGGAGGUAAUACCGCAAUAAAAUGUAUCAAUGACUGCUUUAGCGAUGAUUCAGUGCUUUUAAAACAUGAAUUAGCCUACUGCCUUGGUCAAAUGCAAGACAAAACAGCUAUACCACUUCUAAGAAAUGUCUUGGAGGAUAAAACUCAAGAUCCAAUUGUUCGGCACGAAGCAGGUGAAGCAUUGGGCGCUAUUGGUGAUCCACAUUUACAGGAAUUAUUGGAAAAAUAUCAAUAUGAUCCCGUAAUUGAAGUGGCUGAGACCUGUCAGAUAGCAUUAGAAAGACUAAAUUGGAUUGAAAAACAGAGUAGUGAGAAAUUAAGCAGUAGUAAAUUUCUAUCUAUUGACCCAGCACCACCAAGUACUGAAGAAGAUGUAGAAGUCUUAAAAAAUACUAUGAUGGAUGAAAGUAAAACCUUAUUUGAUAGAUACAGGGCUAUGUUCAGUUUAAGGAACUUGGGUACAACUGAGAGUAUCAAUGCUUUAGGUCAAGGAUUCAAAGCAAGUAGUGCUCUGUUCCGUCAUGAAGUUGCUUUUAUCUUUGGACAAAUGCAAGAUGAGCGUAGCAUUCCAUUUUUGAAACAAAGACUUGAAGACACAGCUGAACAUGAAAUGGUGCGACAUGAGGCAGCUGAGGCACUCGGUUCUAUUGCCACUGAUGAAUGUACCGAGGUUCUUAAAAAGUACUUAGAUGACCCGCGCCCGGUGGUGCGUGAGAGUUGCGAAGUAGCUCUCGAUAUGUCUGAGUAUGAAAACAAUCCGGAAUUCCAAUACGCAAAUACAUUACUUACUGUUGAGAAUUAGAUUUUGUAUAGAGAUCUCUUACCAAUGGUCGAAUUUCUGUUACUUUUAUUACAAAGGUAGGUGAUUGGUUGCCUGCUCGAAGUUUUUCGCGGGUUCGAACUCAAUACCUAAUAGAAAAAGGCGGUCCUUUAUUUGUGUGAUCAAUGACUUAUGUGUUUUAUUUAGUAGAACAACUGAGUCUGUUUUUUUUUUCUAUUUAAUGUUUCUUUCUUAUUUUUAUCUCUUUGUUGUGACAAAACACUUUUUUACAUAAAGCUUACAAUACUGACUUGUGUAUGGUUAUGCUGAAGUUUUCAUAUAAAAUUAUGGUGCCACACACAUAAGGGUGUCGAUUGUUCGUAUUAGAAAAUAUUCACACUUUCUAAAAGCGGAAAUUUGAAUUGUAUUUUUAACAUAAAAUACAGAUACUUAGUAUUUUUAGUUUUAUAAAUUUUAAUAAAUGUGUUAUUUACAA